UCUGCCCACAGCUGACAUUCCCACUGAACAACAGCCACCAUGGAGCUGCGUCUCUCCACUUGUGUCCUGAUGGUACUUUGCAUGACUUGGAGUGUAAAUGGAGGAAAGAUUUUAGUGUGGUAUACUGAAGGCAGCCACUGGAUUAACAUGAAGCCGGUGCUGAACACGCUGAUCGACAGAGGACAUCAGGUGACGGUCCUGGUCCCAAGCUCAUCAUUAUUGAUGAACAUCAGUGAACCCUCCCAUUUUCGCUACGAACCCUUCAAUGUCUCUGUUUCAGUGGAGGAUGUGGAGGAAUCGAGGAACAACUUCUUUCAAUUCUCCAUGUAUGAGAUGGAUCAUAUGAACUACUUGCAGAUUUACAUCAGAGCUGCAGAAUUAAUGAAGACUCAGUUGCAGAUUGUUUUAAAGAUAUUGGAUGGUGUGUUGAAAUCAGAAACCAUGAUGAAGAAGUUGAAGGAGGGAAAUUAUGACCUUCUCCUGUCUGACCCUAUGCACCCUGGCAGUGACUUAGUAGCAGACAUUUUGGGCAUCCCUCUCGUCUUCUCCUUGCGAUUUUCAGUAGCUAAUAACUGGGAGAGGCUGUGUGGUCAGGUACCUGCUCCACCUUCCUUUGUUCCUGGUGCUAUGAGCAAACUCACAGACAGGAUGGGUUUCUCACAAAGAAUAUGGAACGUUCUCUUCUACACUCUGCAGGAUGUUGUGUUGCAGUACACCAUGUGGAAAGAAGUAGAUAAAUAUUACUCUGAAGUCAAAGGAACACCCACCACUGCCUGUGAGAUGAUGGGCAGAGCAGACAUCUGGUUGCUGAGAACCUACUGGGAUUUUGAAUUCCCUCGUCCUUUCCCCCCCAACUUCAAAUAUAUUGGUGGGAUCCACUGCAGACCUGCUAAACCUUUACCAAAGGAAAUGGAACAAUUUGUCAAUAGUUCUGGAGAUGCUGGCAUCGUGGUCUUCACAUUAGGAUCCAUGAUCAACAACAUCACCACAGAGAAGGCAAACAUGAUAGCUGCAGGCCUCGCUCAGAUCCCUCAAAAGGUUCUGUGGAGAUACAGUGGAGAAAAACCAAAAACUCUGGGUCAAAACACCAAAUUAUAUGACUGGAUCCCUCAGAACGACCUACUGGGUCACCCUAAAACCAGAGCUUUCAUCACUCAUGGAGGCACAAAUGGGAUUUACGAGGCCAUCUACCACGGUGUUCCAAUGGUGGGCAUCCCACUGUUUGGUGACCAGCCAGAUAACUUGGUCCACAUGAAGGCUAAAGGAGCUGCAGUUACUAUGGACCUGAACUUCAUGAAGAGUGAGGAUCUUACAGAUGCCAUCAACACGGUCAUCAAUGACAAAUCGUACAAGGAAAAUGCUAUGCGACUGUCCAGUAUCCACCACGACAGACCCAUGAGUGCCCUGGAUGAGUCCGUGUUCUGGAUUGAGUUCACCAUGAGAAACAAAGGGGCAAAGCACUUGAGGGUCCAGGCCCACCAGCUCACCUGGUACCAGUAUCACAGCCUGGAUGUCAUAGCCUUCCUCCUCACCAUAGUUCUGCUCCUGAUAUUCCUCUUUGUCAAGACCUGCAGCUUCUGCUUCCAGAGGUGCUGUGGCAGGAAAGGAAAGACAAAGAGAAAGGCUGAGUGACAGACUGAACAUAAGUGUGAUUGAUAAAGAACUGAUGCGUGAAUAAACUGGUUGUGUUAUUGGUGGAAAAACAUGUAAUGUCACCUGGAUUUGAGAAUUUGUCACUAGUUUGAAAGCUAUUUUUAAAGUGUUUUUGGUUUGCUCUUUUAAAUAUUACCCAUGAUUACUACAAUUGCUCACAGGUGUGCUAAUUUGCAUAACUGCACCUGAUGUCAAUUUCACAUUAAAUUCUGAACCUUCAUUGGCUGGUGUCAAUUUAAGAAGAAAAAAACCACACACAAAGUUAUUUUAUUCUGUGACUUUACUUAAAUCAUAUUGAUGUCAGGUUUUCUCAGCAUACUAUAGUAUCACCACAAAUAUUUCUACAGACAUAGACAAAAGAGCUGAAAAAUCAAACACUGACACAAAUCAAGUGAUGUAAUUAAACCAAAAACUAAAUGGCCUUCCAUUUCUCUGAAUCGAGCUUCGUACAAACAGGCAUGACAUUCACAUAUGCAUAACUGUGUCUUUACAUGUAUGAACAGCAGAGACUGUUUUUAUUGCUAUCAUUUUUUCAUUUUUCCAUCUUCUUUGACCUUCCACAGCAUGAGCUCCAUGCAGGCAGCAGCGUCUUCUGCAGUGUCAUGACCACAAACUGAAAAACAGUAAUGCAUUGAUUUAACUUAUGCAAACAAUGUAGCAGUCUGCAUUCUCAGCAAUAAAACCUACAUUCUGCCUCAAA